GGAAAUUGACGUUUGACGUUUCCUUUGAGGUUAAAAUUAAUAAAAAGCCAGUUCUUCAAGAUUGAAUAGUUAUGUUCAUAUAAUCAUAUCGGUAUACCAAAACUAAUUGUUCAAAAUUUUAUUUCACUUCUGAAAUCAUUUCUGAACAUCAACAUCGUUUCGAAUAUGCCUGCAGCAGUAACAGAUGUGGUCAAGCCUUCUGAUCACUCAGAAGAGAUGUGGAAAGUUUUGAAGGCGCACAUCCUCAGAGAAAGAGCUCGCAAAAGGCAAGAAAGAGAACAAGAGGUGGAAGAAGAAAGACUUCGCAAGGAGAGAGAAGCCAGAGAGCAGCAAGACGUUAUGACUCUGGGAGAGACCAGAGAGCAGAUUUCACAGUUAGAGACAAAACUGACACAGCUGAAGGAAGAGAAGCAUCAGCUGUUUCUGCAGCUGAAAAAGGUUCUCAAUGAAGAUGAUAACAGGCGCAGACAGAAAGAAAACAAUGAAAUGAUUGCCCUUCAAGCACUACCUCCGAACAUGGUUCACCAACAACUGUACAUUCAACAGCAGCAUCAGCAACCACAUCAACAACAGCCCCAAUCAUCUAGACUGGCUCCCAUGCCACAGCAACAAGCCCCGAUGCAACAGAGUGCUUUCAAGACUACAAAGAGAACCAGAACUCCUAGUCCUCCACCUCAGGUACCAGUUUCUAUGUACCACGGGUACGGGUACAAACCACCAACUGUCGUUACAUCUACCUACCAAGGAUCUCCUCAGAAAGAUGACGGUAGACGUAAUGAAUUAGUUCGAGCAGUGCUGUGGAACAAAACUCCCCAAUAUGGCAAUCAGCCGGGCACAGCUUUCUAUCCAGUGGCUCCUCAAGAAUUGUCCAUCUACUACCCGUUAGCUAGAGAGCCUGCCCGGAACGUAUACGAAACUCCAAGACCCCAAACUUUCCACUUGGAGACGAAGAUGCCUGAACAUUAUACCAUCAGAACUCCUUCUUCACACGGCCACGUGAUACAUCCAAGUUCAAUGGCGAUCAACCAGCAGACACCACCAAAAGGUGGCAGCAUUACCGCAGGAUAUCCAGUUCGUAGCCAGCCACAAUAUCAGCCUGCCCCCCCGCCUACUUCACUCUAUACCGGACAGACUAGGCCUAUGUACCAGUCCUCUGGGGCCCCACUGAAUUAUCCGCCCAGAGAUUGAGGAUGAAGAUAAUAGCCUAUAUUUGUUCAAACAUGGUUGACAUAGUUUCUUAUUCAGUGGUUGAGGUUCGAACUUUUAAUGCCUAAAAGCAUGUCGGAAAAUCGCAAAAUAACGAGUAUAGCAGAGCAGUUAGAUAGAAGGCCUGACUGGUGAACUACGUCAUUGAACAGGAUUCAAAUUAGUCUUUCGCAACAAUGCAGAUGUAUGACUGUCAGCUUUGGGUGAUGAAUGACGCAGUACUUUGUAACAUAUAACGUUUCGUCUACAGAUGCGGUGGAUAAAAAAGAUUAUGGAGUUUCAAGUUUCAUAAACUACGCCUCACGAUUUGAUCUUCACAAACUUUAUUUGA